UGCAAACCGGAAUACUAUUGGCCCCUCAAGAAGUGGGUUGAAAAGUGUGCAGCCUCCGGGAAGCCUGAGGUGGCAAGAAAAGCUAGUCAGACCUAUUUGGCUACCAUCAAGAACUCGAAGCUCGUUGUAUUGAAAGAUUCCAUAAAGAUCUGUCCUCACGGAGCACUACGAAUGAUCGGAGAAGAUAUGUCUCACGAAUGCAGGGAAAGUCAGGAUUUGGCCGGUCGUGCUUGGCCUAAGAACACUACCGUCGUAUACGAUAUAUUGAAAUGGUUCAAUGUGGAGACAGCUCAUCAGAUCUUCUUCGAUAAGGGAGACAAUUUUCUAUACAAUGGUCCUUUGCUGGUGUUCAAAGAUGAGGAUCUUGAAUGCCUUCGGAAUGCAGAAGCUGUCGUGGACUUAAUAUGGGAAGAUCAUCGCACGGUAGAGUCGGUGGUAUCCUCAUUGAAAUUG